UAGUACUGAACUAAAUACAGAAGUACACAGCGGCCAAAAAAAUCACAUCAGAAUUUUUCCUAUAAAUAAAAUCUCCAGACUUUAAAUCUAAAUCUAUCUUGAACUUGCCCUGUAGCCGUGAAUGUUAUUUUACCGCAGCAGUCGCCACCUCCCACCUGUGCUGGAAGUGAUGUGAUUUUUCCCAGAGACCCCCUGCCCCUGGUGUGAUGUCUCUCUGCCGCUUUGAAAUUCUAAAGCACUUUCUGGAGGUGCAACAUCACACCUCUACAUCCAGGAUAUAUUGGGCUGCUGCCUCCAGCUCUUUAGCAUUCACUCAGGUACUAGAGAACGAGAAGGAAACAUCUCCUCUGCUUUGAAAAGAUCACAACCAUGGAGUUGAACUUUUCUCCUUACAUGCUCCAGGGAGCCAAAUGCCAGUUUGAAUACAAGCAAACAUCUACCACCAUUGAUGCUGGGUACUUCAGUGCCUGUGGCAGCCUUUCUCCAAGUUCCUCCAUUGAUUCUGGAUGCUUUUCUCCUCCUUCGAGCCGUUGGGGAGCUGAAAGACAGCAAGAGGCCGCUGGGAUCGACUGCGUACCAGCUAAAAAUCACAGAUUAGCUCUACCUGCCGAUGGAAAGAGACGUUCCAGGUCUAAAAACCCUGGAAAGAAGCGUCAGACGGCCAGUGAAAGAGAGAAGCUCAGGAUGAGGGAUCUGACCAAGGCUCUCCAUCAUCUCCGAACCUACUUACCUCCUUCUGUGGCUCCUGCUGGACAAACCCUGACCAAGAUUGAGACCCUCCGCCUCACUAUUAGCUACAUCUCGUAUCUCUCUACUCAGCUGGAACAGUCUGAGGAAACCUUCGAACAUGAAGCAACACCAAGAGACUACUCACAAGAUACUUCAGAGAGGCUUGAGACAGAUCUGCUUUCAGAAACCUGGAGUCUGGAUGAGCCACAGGGACACAUGCAAGACAAUGUCCAGUACUGUCCAACAUUCACACCCUUCAGUGAUUCACCACAACAGAUGGAAAACAACUUUCCUUCUGCUUCAAACUUCAGAGAUGCACAAUCCUGUAUGUUUCCCUGCACAACAACACACAAUGCUAUUUACAGCAAUCAGCUUUUCAGAUGAAGAACAACAAGGAGAGGAUAUGAGGUCACCUUAGGAAAAAAUCUGAAAACUUCAUCUAAAGACUUUUGUUGUUGUAUUAAUUGUUUGUAAUUAUUUAUCAGAUAAUAUAUUUUCAUAUUGAAUACAUUUGUAUAGAUUGCAUUUUUUUAUUAAAUGCUUUGAAAUAUUACGUUUUGGCAUUUACUUUGUCCCCUCCCCCGCCAUAUUUAAAAGAGAUUUUUUUAACAUGAAUUCAUUAAUAACAAGGGCAGAUUAUAAUUGUACAUAUUUUCACAUGGUGACAAAUAAAUGCUUACAAAUGGGACCAAGCAUGUUAUUUUUUACUAUAAACCUUGUCACUCCGUAUCCGUCGUUGCUGAAAAGGAAGUUCAGAUAAUUAGGAAAUAUUCAUUUCAGUCAAAUUGUUGUUAUUUGCUAUGUUGAAAUUAAAAUACAGUGGGGGCGGGUGUC